UUUUUAUACAUUUAAACAUGGACAGUAAAAUAUUUAUAGAGAUUCCUUUCCCAAAUGAGCAUUUAGCUACAAUUGCUAAAAGAGUUAUGAAUGUGGAUGAAGAAUUAAAGACAGAUCAAGUGAAAAGAGUAAUUACCAGUCAGGAUAAUCUACUUCAAGUACAUUUCGAAUGUUAUAAUACAAAAAUGCUUCGAGUAGCUGUUAAUUCAUUUUUAGAAUAUUUAUCAAUGGUGACUCGAACUAUGGAGGCAGACUUUAGUUAAAUGAAUGGAAUAAAUAAUGUAAAUAAUACAUAUUGUUUGACUCGUACAACAAAUCAGCUUAUAUAUACAUAGUAAAAAAAAAAAUGAACUCACUAUCUUAUUUUAUAUAUAUACAAAUAUAUAUAUUUUUAUUAUGUAUAUUAGAUAUUUAUAUAUAAGGGGAAGGCG